AUGGGAGAGUGGUUCAGGGGAUUGGUGGUGGCUGUGUGCCUCUUUAGCACCGCGCUCGCUGGAUGGGGUUUUGUUUGGCCUCAAACUGCAUGCAAAACAAGAUGUUUAAAUGGUGGUGUGUGCACAUUUAACUACGAGGAUCCCACUCAACAUCGUUGUGAGUGUUUGAUCGGCGUCUGGGAAGGUGAACGAUGUCAGUGGAAAGUUGGCGAACCUCACACUGAUGAGUAUCUUGAAGAAGAGAAGCGAGAUUUAGAAGCUCAACAAGUUCAACAAGCUCAACAAGCUCAAGAAGCUCAAGAAGCUCAACAAGUUCAACAAGCUCAACAAGGAAAAGAAAAACCUCUUACAAAUCUUACAAAUGAACAAAAUGAAAAUGAGAUGAAAGAGAAAAACGAGGAAUGGUUGAGACAGAAAGAAGAGCAAAGACGUAAAGAAGAAGAGACUAAAAAGAUGAAAUCAGAAGAAGAUCGUCAAAAAGUGAUUGAAAUGGAAAGAGAAGUGCAUAGACUUCAAUGGGAACAAGAUCGAAAGAAAGCGGAAGAAGCAAGAAUCGAAGAAACACGACGACGAGAAGAUGAGAGAAAAAAACAAGAUGAAGAAAGAGAAAAAAGAAGAAGAGAAUGGGAAGAGAAAGUGAGAAAACAUAAGGAAGUCGAGGAAGAACGAAAAAGAGAAGAGACACAAAGAAGAAAAGCUGAUCAAGAACAAAGGGAAAGAGCACAGGCCGAAGCCCGGCAACACGCUGAUCAAGACCGUGCUCGACAAGAAGAGGAAAAGAGAAGACGACAAGAGGAAAACAUGCGACAAGAUCAGCAACGACGUGAAGAUGAGGAAAGAAGAAAUCAAGAGGCACAAAGAGCUGAUGAGGAGAGAAUUCGUGAAGAAAGGAGACGACAACAAGAAGAGUUGGAUGCUAAUCGCCGUCCAGAGUUGACAAGCGCCGAGGAAAAGAACCUUGACCAAGCUGAGUCCUCUAAGCCACCACUUGUGGAAGAGGAUCCAAUUUGGGAUGAGUAUCGAGAGGAUGACAGUAAGGAUCGCGGAGAUUCACCAACUCCAGCACAGAAGAAAUCCGAUCACAUUUACGAUGAUACGCACUUGGAAGAGUAUGAGGUGAUUAGCAAAGAGGAGGGCGAUUAUCGACCUGAUGAGACUGAAGAGGAGAAGAUGCGACGAAUGGAAGAAGAAGAGAAGAGGAGAGAACAAGAGAAACAAAUCGCUUCACAGGAAAAACACGAACAUCAAGAUUUCCAAAAAGGCGUUGUCAAUGAGGAGAGAGACAAAUCAUUUAAUGACGAUUACUGGGAUCAUACUCCGAUAAAUCCCGACGAUGAGGAUACAUCGAAAGCGCCGACCAAAGAGACGAACGAGCUCGAUGAGGGAAACGGCUUGGAUAUGGAGGCGGACAGUUGGAUGAUGGCUAGAAGGGAAACCGAUCUUGACUCGCACUCAACCUCAUUUUCCCCACUCAUCCCCCUCCUAAUAGCACUCGUUUUUCGAAUUCACUUG